AUGGGAGUGAUCUGCAUAUUCACCAUGCUACUAUUCCUAUCAGGAUAUGUGCUGCAACAACAGUCUGUCAAGAAUAUUCAAUAUGCCCUACGGCCUCAAGAUGAUACCUCAAUGGGGAGACAUGGGGCCCCGGACUCCGCAUUCCAGAAGCCCGCUCAAAAGCGAGGGGUAUCAGAUCACUCGAACUCACCUGGAAAUUAUGCCUAUCUCCAGCUCCUAUCCGAGCCAGAUCCCUCAGAUAUCUGCUCAGCCAUUCUCUUCUUCAAACAGCUAUCAACGAACGGAACAGCUGUCCAGGAUCGUCUAUUCAUGUACCCGCAACAGUGGGAUAGAAUGUCCCCGAAAAUGCUUGGGAACUCUGCGUCUGUCGCUCUUUCCAUCCUACGUGCCGCCAGUACAAAGUAUGACAUCUGGCUACUCCCCAUCGACAUGUCUGCCGCCACAGCCGCGGGUUACUCAACGACAAACAGCAAACUACUCCGGCUAGGCCAAAUCCAAUUCAUGCAGUAUGAUAGUGUACUGUAUUUUCAAACCCCAGGGCUGGUUCUAGAUACAGGCAAGCUGGAUGACAUGUUCCUGUCUCGGCCACUACCGCUUCGCCAUGAUAAAGGCCGGCAAGAAUCGUUCAACAACGAAGCCUGGAUUCCUAUGCCGCUCCGUCCAAAUCGUGAUGAGCCCCUUCCUUCUACGUAUCUAAUCACCGUCAACAAUAUUGAGGGCGGCAGUGUUGAGGCCAGAACCCAUAUCCCCAAUAUUGCGUUGCCUGGAUUCGGGGACCUAGUCGCUGGGCCGAAGCGUGCUGCGAGACUAGCUGAGAUUGGGCAGGAGCCUGGCUAUGUCUCUUUUGACAGUGAUCGUGAUGGACGUGUCAAGUGGGAUUCCAAUCCUUAUUUCGGGACUUGGCGAUCUCAGCAAGCUGAAGUCUGCGAGGGUGUAGAUUUUGAUGAAAUAAUUCACGACCAGCAAUGA